UAAUGAGUACCAGUGUCUGAAUACAUUAAUGAUGGUACUGUUCCUCAGGGGGACUAAUGAGUACCAGUGUCUGAAUACAUUAAUGAUGGUACUGUUCCUCAGGGGGACUAAUGAGUACCAGUGUCUGAAUACAUUAAUGAUGGUACUGUUCCUCAGGGGGACUAAUGAGUACCAGUGCCUGAAUACAUUAAGGAUGUUAUUGUUCCACAGACUAACUAAUGAGUACCUGUGCUUGAAUACAUUAAGGAUGUUAUUGUUCCACAGACUGACUAAUGAGUACCAGUGCCUGAAUACAUUAAGGAUGGUACUGUUUCUCGGGGGGACUAAUGAGUACCAGUGGCUGAAUACAUUAAGGAUGGUACUGUUCCUCAGGGGGACUAAUGAGUACCACUGUCUGAAUACAUUAAGGAUAGCACUGUUCCUCAGGGUGACUAGUGAGUACCAGUGCCUGAAUACAUUAAGGAUGGUACUGUUCCUCAGGGGGACUAAUGAGUACCACUGUCUGAAUACAUUAAGGAUGGCACUGUCAUACAGGAUGACUAGUGAGUACCAGUGCCUGAAUACAUUAAGGGUGGUACUGUUCCUCAGGGGGCCUAAUGAGUAUCACUGUCUGAAUACAUUAAGGAUGGUACUGUUCCUCAGGGGGCCUAAUGAGUACCAGUGCCUGAAUACAUUAAGGAUAGCACUGUUCCUAAGGGUGACUAGUGAGUACCAGUGCCUGAAUACAUUAAGGAUGGUACUGUUCCUCAGGGGGACUAAUGAGUACCACUGUCUGAAUACAUUAAGGAUGGUACUGUCAUGCAGGAUGACUAGUGAGUACCAGUGCCUGAAUACAUUAAGGAUGGUACUAUUCCACAGAGUGACUAGUGAGUACCAGUGCCUGAAUACAUUAAGGAUGGCACUGUCAUGCAGGAUGACUAGUGAGUACCAGUGCCUGAAUACAUUAAGGAUGGCACUGUCAUGCAGGAUGACUAGUGAGUACCAGUGCCUGAAUACAUUAAGGAUGUUAUUGUUCCACAGACUGACUAAUGAGUACCAGUGGCUGAAUACAAUAAGGAUAGCACUGUCAUGCAGGAUGACUAAUGAGUACCAGUGUCUGAAUACAUUAAGCAUGAUACUGUUCCUCAGGGUGACUAGUGAGUACCAGUGCCUGAAUACAUUAAGGAUGGCACUGUUCCACAGGGAGACUAGUGAGUACCACUGUCUGUAUACAUUAAGGAUGGCACUGUCAUGCAGGAUGACUAGUGAGUACCAAUGCCUGAAUACAUUAAGGAUGGUACUGUUCCACAGAGUGACUAGUGAGUACCAGUGCCUGAAUACAUUAAGGAUGGUACUGUCAUGCAGGAUGACUAAUGGGUACCACUGUCUGAAUACAUUAAGGAUGGCACUGUCAUGCAGGAUGACUGGUGAGUACCAGUGCCUGAAUACAUUAAGGAUGGCACUGUCAUGCAGGGUUACUAGUGAGUACCAGUGCCUGAAUACAUUAAGGAUAGUACUGUUCCUCAGGGGGACUAAUGAGUACCACUGUCUGAAUACAUUAAGGAUGGUACUGUCAUGCAGGAUGACUAGUGAGUACCAGUGCCUGAAUACAUUAAGGAUGGCACUGUCAUGCAGGAUGACUAGUGAGUACCAGUGCCUGAAUACAUUAAGGAUGGUACUGUUCCUCAGGGGGACUAAUGGGUACCACUGUCUGAAUAAAUUAAGGAUGGCACUGUCAUGCAGGAUGACUAGUGAGUACCAGUGCCUGAAUACAUUAAGGAUGGCACUGUCAUGCAGGAUGACUAGUGAGUACCAGUGCCUGAAUACAUUAAGGAUGGUACUGUUCCUCAGGGGGACUAAUGGGUACCACUGUCUGAAUACAUUAAGGAUGGCACUGUCAUGCAGGAUGACUAGUGAGUACCAGUGCCUGAAUACAUUAAGGAUGGCACUGUCAUGUAGGGUUACUAGUGAGUACCAGUGCCUGAAUACAUUAAGGAUGGCACUGUCAUGCAGGGUUACUAGUGAGUACCAGUGCCUGAAUACAUUAAGGAUGGUACUGUUCCUCAGGGGGACUAAUGAGUACCACUGUCUGAAUACAUUAAGGACGGCACUGUCAUGCAGGAUGACUAGUGAGUACCAGUGCCUGAAUACAUUAAGGAUGGCACUGUCAUGCAGGAUGACUAGUGAGUACCAGUGCCUGAAUACAUUAAGGAUGGUACUGUUCCUCAGGGGAAGUAAUGGGUACCACUGUCUGAAUACAUUAAGGAUGGCACUGUCAUGCAGGAUGACUAGUGAGUACCAGUGCCUGAAUACAUUAACAAUGGCACUGUCAUGCCGGGUGACUAGUGAGUACCAGUGCCCGAAUACAUUAAGGAUAGUACUGUUCCACAGAGUGACUGGUGAGUACCAGUGCCUGAAUACAUUAAGAAUGGUACUGUUCCUCAGGGGGACUAAUGAGUACCAGUGCCUGAAUACAUUAAGGAUGGUACUGUUCCUCAGGGGGACUAAUGUGUACCAGUGCCUGAAUACAUUAAGGAUGUUAUUGUUCCACAGACUGACUAAUGAGUACCACUGUCUGAAUACAUUAAGGAUGGCACUGUCAUGUAGGACGACUAGUGAGUACCAGUGCCUGAAUAUAUUAAGGGUGGUACUAUUCCUCAGGGGGACUAAUGAGUACCAGUGCCUGAAUACAUUAAUGAUGGUACUGUUAUGCAGGGUGACUAGUGAGUACCAGUUUCUGAAUACAUUAAGGGUGGCACUGUUCCUCAGGGUGACUAGUGAGAACCAGUGCCUGAAUACAUUAAGGAUGGCUCUGUUCCUCAAGGGGACUGGUGAGUACCAGUGUCUGAAUACAUUAAGGAUGUUACUGUUAUGCAGGGUGGCUAGUGAGUACCACUGUCUGAAUAGAUUAAGGAUGGUACUGUUCCUCAGGGGGACUAGCGAGUACCACUGUCUGAAUACAUUAAGGAUGGCACUGUCAUGCAGGAUGACUAGUGAGUACCAGUGCCUGAAUACAUUAAGGAUGGCACUGUCAUGCAGGGUGACUAGUGAGUACCAGUUUCUGAAUACAUUAAGGAUGGCACUGUCAUGCAGGAUGACUAGUGAGUACCAGUGCCUGAAUACAUUAAGCAUGGCACUGUCAUGCAGGAUGACUAGUGAGUACCAGUGCCUGAAUACAUUAAGGAUGGUACUGUUCCUCAGCGGGACUAAUAGGUACCACUGUCUGAAUACAUUAAGGAUGGCACUGUCAUACAGGAUGACUGGUGAGUACCAGUGCCUGAAUACAUUAAGGAUGGCACUGUCAUGCAGGGUGACUAGUGAGUACCAGUGCCUGAAUACAUUAAGGAUGGUACUGUUCCUCAGGCGGACUAAUGGGUACCACUGUCUGAAUACAUUAAGGAUGGCACUGUCAUGCAGGAUGACUAGUGAGUACCAGUGCCUGAAUACAUUAAGGAUGGUACUGUUCCUCAGGGGGACUAAUGAGUACCACUGUCUGAAUACAUUAAGGAUGGCACUGUCAUGCAGGAUGACUAGUGAGUACCAGUGCCUGAAUACAUUAAGGAUGGCACUGUCAUGCAGGGUGACUAGUGAGUACCAGUGCCUGAAUACAUUAAGGGUGGCACUGUCAUGCAGGAUGACUAGUGAGUACCAGUGCCUGAAUACAUUAAGGAUGGCACUGUCGUGCAGGGUGACUAGUGAGUACCAGUGCCUGAAUACAUUAAGGAUGGCACUGUCAUGCAGGAUGACUAGUGAGUACCAGUGCCUGAAUACAUUAAGGAUGGUACUGUUCCUUAGGGUGACUAGUGAGUACCAGUGCCUGAAUACAUUAAGGAUGGUACUGUUCCACAGAGUGACUAGUGAGUACCAGUGCCUGAAUACAUUAAGGAUGGCACUGUCAUGCAGGAUAACUAGUGAGUACCAGUGCCUGAAUACAUUAAGGAUGGCACUGUCAUGCAGGAUGACUAGUGAGUACCAGUGCCUGAAUACAUUAAGGAUGGUACUGUUCCUCAGGGGGACUAGUGAGUAUAAUAUCCUUUAAUGUACUGAUUAUUAUUUUCAUUCCUAAGAAAAUCAUAGCAAACAAAUGCAUCACCCAUUUCUUUAGUCCUACCCAUAGUAACACAAGUUUUAACUGAUAGUAAUAAUUAAAUAUUACUUAGCAAAGCAACUUGACAAGCAAAAAAAUGUUAAUAUGCAGUUUUGCUCGAACUUUGCUUUCCAUUUUGACAAUAACAACACAGGUAAAUAUUUAUGAUUUUGUUAAUCAGGUAAGUGGAUUAACAAUAAGGACCCUUUUUGGCCGUAUUCUUUAGCCAUAAUAAGCAAACCUGAACAUAAAACACAAACAUUAUGUUAAUGACACAGCACUAUAUCUUGCGGGAAAAGACUGCAAAUGAGACAGAGAAUAAUGCAAGUCUGCCAGAACUAAAUGAAGUAGACGUUCAUGGCCUUACGGUAUUCGCCCAUGAAAAUGACUUCACCUUUCUAUGUAGUACUGUAAGGCAAUAUCCAUAUUAAAAGAGACCCAGACAAACAUGCAGGCAUAGCCACAUGCAGUUAAUACAUGAUACAUACAGUUUUACCUCAUAAUUACUAUAAGCUAACAGUCUUUUGAGAUGUCAAACUGUAACCAUGAUUUUGUAACAAGAAGGAUAAUUUACUACAGUAUUAUUUAUUCAGCUGACUUCUGUGUUUUACUUCAGUGUUUAGAUUUUUAAAUGGCAGUUUUCCUUUCAGAAAUGGUGCAAAAGAGAGAUAGAUAGAUAGAUAGAUAGAUAGAUAGAUAGAUAGAUAGAUAGAUAGAUAGAAAGAUAGAUAGAUAGAUAGAUAGAUACAAACAUACAUACAUAGUUAAUGGGCUAAAAUAAAGUGGAAUUAGCAAAAAGCAAAUAUAACAAAUAACAAUAUGUUACUUUAUGCAUUUCUGUCUCCAUGAUUAAAUAUUUUGUAGGAAUAAUUAUGAACUAAGAGUUUAAACUAUCCCCAGGCAAGAAGCAGCCUCACUGGGAACAAUUAUAGAAACAUAUUGAAUAGUUUUUUUAGCAUAAACAUGCACAUUUACUGUCUGGGAAAUACAAAGGGAAGAUUUAGAAGGGAAGUAAUAGAUAUUUGUAUAAGGAAAAUAAAAGAAGAUAUAUACAAACUGAAAUAGAAACGACUAAUGGGUGUGGUGUUGGGACUGUGUUAGUGGAAGUAAUGUAGUCAGUAAACCAAGCUACAAUGAACAUGAGGAAAAUGAGAAAGACAUCCAGAACAAACCAGAUUUUGUAUCAGUGCAUAGGUGCAUAAUAAUUAUAUUUUCAUUGAACAUGUAUUAUGUAUGUGUCAUGCAGUCUUUUCGUAUACAUGCUGACUUAAAUUAUUUUAAUAUCAAACUUAUGGCAUCAGAAAAAGUCAUGUAGACCCAGCACAUAAACCGCACACAAAGGCAAUCAUACACAAAGCCCUUCAUAUCAAACAUGGCUGCAAAGUAGUGAUAUCAUCACAAUAUAAUUGAAGCAACAGUUUUGUAAAAGAAUGCAAGAAUAACAUAAAACCUAAUAAAUUCUGCAGGUGUUGGUUCUCUUUAGUAAAUGAAUAUUUUGAUGGAAUUUGUAAAAUGCAAACUCUUCAGCUUCUCCAGCCAUUGAAAUACCUCCUCCAUGUUUUUGUUCUCAAAGUGACAAUUCAGGUAAUUUCUUCUGCUGAUUAAGUUCCUGCUUUGCUCCUGUAGUUUGAUACUCAAGUAAUAUUUGUUCAUAUUUAUGGGUAACUUAUAUCAAGAAAAAAGCUUUACAAACACAAAAGGUAUUGUUACUUAAAUGUUUAUGGCAUUCACUGGAUCAGUCUUUACUUUCUUGGAUAGGACUGUCUAAAAUUAAGGACUAUUGAGUAACUCCCACAUAUGACAUCAUAAUGGUUGAUUUAAAUUCUAAAACCGAAACCUACUAUUCCAACAACAUUUACAGUCAUAAUAAGAACUCAGAAAUUGGUAAUUACUUUAGAAUAAAGGCCUAUGCUUUCAUAGUGAGAAAUAUAUUUCUAAAAAUGAUAUGUUUGUCAGUCAUUGUUGCUUAUGUAUCAGACCAUUUAGCACAAUAUAAUGUAAACAAUAAGCUUGCAAUGUAAAAAAAAAGAGAUCUCCAUGUCCCAAAUCCUCCAAAAAACAUUUAAAUGCUUCAUAAAUAUGUACACUGUACUGUACAGCACACCAGAAAAAACAUUCAUAGCUGUUUUAAUGUAUAUUGUGACUUCAGAAGCAAUGUAUAAGCUAAGAAUGAUAUAUUAGAAAGAUGGCACACUAGCAUUUUAUGUAUCUAGUUCACUAUGCAGAUUUAUUUCAUUGGUAGAAACAUGUAAUAAUGGGAACAUUUUUCAGGAGUGGCAUUGAUAUGUAAAAGGAGCACCCUGUCUUAGAGUUCCUUGUUUUUUUUUUUUUCAUAUUUUAUUUUUCAGAUGCUGUGAUUGCAUUUUGUAUUUAUCUACCUCAGCUCAGUUUUUUUUGUCUGACCUUUUCCUGAGCUCAUGCACUUUUGAAGUCAAUGGGGUCUGCUCUCUAUCUUAAAAAAAGAGCCCAUGUAAGCCAUGCUGGGAACAUUAGAUGUCAUGCUAAAUACAAAAAUAUAAGUGUGAUCAGUAAUUCUGAGAAAAAGUCAUAUUAUCCUCACAACUUAGCAUAACAAAAUCAGAAUCCUACCAGGGUGGAUUGCUUUGCAUUAUUUCACUUGCCUUAAUGGUGCGUACACUAUCCUAUUUUUUCUCCUGUUUUAUUUAUUUACUUUUUGUAUAUACAAUCAGAUUAUAUGCCAUUAACUAAAGACUUAUUCUCUGUCCUGUAAUAUGGUUUAAUUUUCUUUAUUGCAGUAUAAAGAAUUGAUUUUCUGUUUCAGUUAUCCACAUCAGUGGCUACAGAAAGCUCAGUGAAACACAUUUUAGAUUAUGCUGCAUCAAAUGUUGCAGCAAACACAUUUACGCAAAUACUGCAUUUCAACAAAAUAUGGUAAGUCUUAGAGUGCUAGUGUUUCACAGUGUUUUUGUUACAUGAUGGUUUCACUCUCCACAGUCCUACAUGUGUUGCUUCCCUCCAAUACACACAUCUUUCCUAUAUUUUAUAAGCAACUUCAUAAUUUUUCAAACCAUUGACAAAGGGAGAUGCUUGUUUUCUAGCAAAUCUCAAGGAUUUUAUUUUCUCUGAGGUAAGAUAUGUCCACUAUUUUGCAAAUGGUGCUGUAUAAUUGAUUAUAUUCAAUUGUAUUAACUGUAUUUUGUUGCAUUAUUUGGUACCUCCAACAUAAAACAAGAUCAGUUUAGCUCAGUAAACCUCAAUGAAUUUCCAAACAACAUUCAGUAAACUGCAUAACUGAGUCUUUUAGCUAUCAAAAUUUCCUUGCGUACGCAGUUGUAAUGAAAACGGCAGUAAUUCACCGAAGUUGAUUAUGUGGAAUGCAAGAAGGGUAUAUUUGCAGUUCUUGAAAAGAAAUACAUCAAGAGGACCAAGCAGGACUUUCAGCUAUCCAUUCCUCAGUCUCGCAGCUUCAGGCUUGACCCCUUGAUGAGUUCAGUUCAUUGUAUAAUGCAGUUAUCCAUUAGUUAGAUUUAUUAGCCUCCAUACAAGCACAGCAACUUCUGCUGAAUGAGUAGUUCUGAAAGUACAUGUGCUUUGAUUUGUAAACAUUGUAAAAAUAUAUUUGGUAUUUUAUUUGCAAUGGAAAUUUAAAUAGUUAUUUCAGAGUCAUUACUGUAAAUAAAUAUAUUCAGAUUUCAUGUACAAAACAGUUCUUUAGAGUUCAGAUUGUGACGAGUGUCCUUAUUGGCUAGAGGCUGCUGUCCCUUGUGGCAGUUGCUACAUGUGCUAUAGUAAAGAACACAGUGUGUGAAGUAAAUUGGUGUAUUAAAAUACCAUGGUUAUUUUUUGGUCUGUUGAGUAAGUUGCAAUUUGUGAUGAAAUGAGUUGAAAGUAAUGCUUCAUAAUUUCUUUUGUUUGUUAUAAAUUAAUUUUAUGUAAAAGUUUAAAAGAAAACUUGAAGAUUUUAUAUAUCUUGGAUUUUGUACAUUUUUUAUUUUACUGCAACACAAGGUACCAAAAUCAUUAAAUAAAGUACACUGUGGUCAUUUUA